AUGAGACCCCCACCCGCGGCCACCAAACCGGCACUCCCCUGGAUCUCCCCGCUCCAGUACCGGAGCCCCGCCCGCGGGUCGCCGCCCUCCCCGCCUCCACCACCUCCCCCUCCUUCCCCUCCGCCGCCGCGGUACCUCCACCAUCCGGAGCUCGCGCGCCUCAUCGCGUCCUCCCCCUCGGCGCAGCGCGCGCUCGACCUCUUCAACGCGGCCUCCUCCCAGCGCGGCUUCUCCCACACGCCGGCCACCUUCUCGGCGCUCCUCGUCCGCCUCGCGCGCGCGCGGCUCCCGCGCGCCGCCGCCGCCGUGCUCCGCCGCGCGGCCUCCGAGCCCUGCCGGUUCCAGGAGCCGCUUCUCCUGCCGCUCGCCCGCCUCCUCCCGCCGGACCACGCGCUCGCGCUGCUCCGCCUCUUGCCCACGCUGCUCGGCAGGAGCCGCGUCUCGCACAAGGCGCUCGCCGUCUGCCUCGACCGCCUCGUCUCCUCCCGCGGCUGCUCCGGCGUCCUCGACGAGCUCCUCGCCGACCUGCGCGAUCCACGCAACAAGUACCUUCCCAGGCCCAACACCUGCGUCUACAACAUCCUCAUCAAGCACUAUGUCAAGAGCGGCGAACUGGAGACCGCGUUCAAAGUGCUCGACGAAAUGCGCGAGUACACCUGCGCGGACGUCAAGCCAAAUUUGGUCACCUAUUCAACCUUGAUUGGAGGGCUCUGCCGUGGGGGUAAGAUGAAGGAAGCGUUUGACCUAUUUGAGGACAUGAUCGAGAAGGACCGCAUUGUGCCCGAUCAGCUGUUGUACAAUGUGAUCAUCGAUGGAUUCUGUAAGCUGGGGCAGGUGGAGAAGGCGCAUGCCAUCUUUGGGUUUAUGAGGAAGAACGAAUGUGAGCCAAAUGCCUUCAACUAUGCCACUCUGAUUAACGGGCACUGUAAGAAAGGAGACAUUCAGGCAGCAAGGUCGGUGUUCGAGGAGAUGGCAAGUGCUGGUGUGGAGCCUGAUGCUGUCAGCUACACAGCUCUGAUCGGCUGCCUUUGUAGACAUGGCAGUGUGGAUGAGGGUAUCAAUCUUGUUCUGGAGAUGAAGGGGAAGGGAUGUAAGGCUGAUGUUGUCACAUACAAUCUGGUGAUCGAGGGCCUGUGUAAAGAUGGGCGGAUGAUGGAGGCAAUGGACCUGCUUGAGAGCGUGCCAUUGGAAGGAGUUCAGUUGAAUGUCGCUAGCUACCGGAUUGUAAUGAAUUGCCUGUGCUCCCGUGGGGAGAUGGAUAAGGCAGUUGGCUUGCUGGGAUUGAUGCUUGGACGAGGGUUUGUUCCUCACUAUGCAGCCUCAAACAACCUGUUAAUUGGUCUAUGUGAUGCUGGCCGCUUAGCGAAUGCGACGAUGGCAUUGUAUGGAUUGGCUGAUAUGGGCUUUGUGCCAGAGGCCAGUUGCUGGGAGAAGCUUGUUGAGACCGUGUGCCGGGAGAGAAAGCAAAGGAGAUCCACUGAGCUACUGAAUGUCUUGAUUGGUGUAGGUUGA